AUGUCUGUGUUCACAGAGAGGUUCCGUGUGCUUGGCACCCCAGACCCCAUAGUGGCUGAGCUGGGCAAGGACGCCACACUGCCCUGCUCCCUGGACCCAGUCAUGAGUGCAGAGAACAUGGAGUUGAGGUGGUUCCGGUCAUAUUUCUGGGAGUCAGUGUUCACCUAUGAAGACCAACAGAAGCGAGAUGAGGAGCUGAUGGCCCAGUACACAGGGUGGACCUCGCUGGUGGGGACAUUCCUCAGCAAGGGGGUGGCCGCUGUGCGCAUCCACAGGGUCCGGGCUUCUGACAACGGGCUGUACACCUGCUUCUUCAGCAACGGAGUCUUCCAUGGGCAAGCCAGCUUGCAGCUGCAGGUGGCAGGUAUGGGCUCUGUCCCCCAAGUGCACAUCUCAGGGCCAGAGGAGGACAGGGUGUGUGUGGUGUGCACAGUCUCGGGCUGGUUCCCAGAGCCCCAUGUGCAGUGGAGACACCCCCGUGGGGAGCAGUUCCUGGAGUUCUCCAAGGUCUACACCCAGGACACUGAGUGGCUGUUCAGUGUGGAGGCUGCUCUGGUGGUGAGAGACAGCUCUGCGGGGAGCGUGACCUGCUCCAUCCUCAACCCUGUCCUGGGCCAGGAGAAGGCCAUGGCCAAUGUUAUCCCAGAGUCCUUCUUUCCUGGGGCCUCUCCCUGGAAGCCAGCUUUCCUUGUGAGCCUGCCCUUGCUGCUGCUCCUGCUCCUGGGGGCUGCCUGCUGCACCCAGAAAGAAUAUUCCACACUGAUGCAGGAGCUGCAGGAACAGAGGAAUCUAUAUCAGGCUAAGGAGGAGGACCUACAGACAAAGGAGGGGUCCCUGAAAGACACAGGUGUGGGCUCUGCCCCCCAGGUGCACAUCAAGGGGCCAGAGGAGGAUGGGGUACAGUGGAGACACCCCCGUGGGGAACAGUUCCUGGAGUUCUCCAAGGUCCAGGCCCAGGACACUGAGGGGCUGUUCAGUGUGGAGUCUGCUCUGGUGGUGAGAGACAGCUCUGUGGCGAACGUGACCUGCUCCAUCCUCAACCCCAUCGUGGGCCAGGAGAAGGCCACGGCCAUUGUCAUCCCAGAGCCCUUCUUCCCCAGGGCCUCUCCCUGGAAGCUAGCUUUCCUGGUGAGCCUGUCCUUCCUGCUUCUCCUGCUCAUGGGGGCUGCCUGCUACACCUGGAGAGAAUAUUCCACACAGAUGCAGGAGCUGCAGGAACACAGGAGACUGUGCCGGGCUAAGGAGGAGGACAGACAGACUAAGGAGGAUGCCCUGAAAGACACAGACCAGAGGAAGGCAGCUUACCUGGCUGGUGAGUGA